CACUUUAGAUGAGUUCUGCUGUGCAUGCGGACACUCACAUGUGUCUGUGUUAGGCAACCAGCUGUGGGCAGUUUUUUAUUCAUGGGCCUGGAAUGUGCCCAACUACUGAGAAUGAGAGCAGCCAAAUGUCACUGAGGCUCAGGGACAUGAGCACCAGUGUAGGCAGCUUCUCUCCCUGAGUUACUUCACCCUGCGCAUCAUCCGAAAAGCAUAGACCAGGAAGUAGAGAGAGGCAGGAGACCAGAAGUGGGGACACAGUCAUCAAUCUCUGUGAGGAGGCCCGAUCUGUCUCCUUCUGGGUGUGGGACUGGUGCAGCUGACCUCAAUGCUAAGAAAUGUCCCCAGGACACUUGGCCUUGUGGCUGCCCUCAGCUCUGCUUCUCCUGCAGGUCCCAGGCUGUCUUCUCCUGACCGGCCCCCGCACUGUGAACGGCACUGUGGGGGGAUCCCUGAGCGUGCAGUGCCAGUAUGAGGAGCGAUACGAGAAACAUGGCAAGUACUGGUUCAGAGACUCAGUUCUGCUAUAUGGUAAGAUUGUGGAGACUACAGCUUCAAGCAGAGAAGCAAGGAAGGGCCGAGUGACCAUCAGGGACCAUCCAGCCAACCUCAGCUUCACGGUGACCUUGGAGAACCUCACCCUGCAGGAUGCAGGCUCCUACUGGUGUGGGAUUAAUGUACCAUGGCGACAGGAUCCGGACUUCGAGCUUAAGGUGUCUGUGCUCCCAGCCCCAAACUCUCACCUUAACGUUGUCACAAGCACCAAGGGAACUCCCCUGUUUUUGUCUGUGCACACUUGGCCCAGCUCCACCAGAGGGGAUACCUCCAGUCCCAGCCCACAGCCUCGGUGUCUGUUCAGCAGCAUUCACUUCCUGCUCCUGGUCUUCCUGAAGGUGCCCCUGUUCCUAAGCAUGCUCAGUGCCAUCCUUUGGGUGAACAGGCCUCAGAGAGGCUCUGCACGGAGGCCGAGUCAUCCUGAGUACGAGAACCAGUGACAUUCCUUGUCCCUCGAGACUCCCUGUCCAGAGACGCAACUCCUCUGAUGGAUGGCAAUGACCAGUGGACCUUCCGUUACUCUCCAUAUUCAUAUUAGAAGAACCUUUGUGCUCUUCUUUAAAAUCUUCCCUUGUUCACCAUCCUCAUAUAGCAAAAGCGUUUCUAAUUGAUAUGUCCUCCUUGAAGUACGACUGCGUAUCAGCUUUGCGUAUGUACCUGCCGGCUUAACUUUGAGUCACUGCCACGACCUCUAGGACCCUGGAAGCUUUCAAUUCCACCCACCAUGUGGUCUUGCUUCUGUUUCACUGUUUGAACAUGGCCAGUGUGUGAUUCUUGCAGUCACUGUAUUUGUCUACUCAGCGAUGCACUUGUUACUUCAUGAAAUAAUGCAAGAGCAUCAGUGAUUCACUGGGCCUGAGUCAGACCUGAGUCAGUUAUGAUUUCUUUGAUCUCCCCAGACCCAUGGACCAAGGUACAAUACUGGAUCCUAGUGUCGGGCCCAGAACACUUUCCAGAAUUAUUUUGACUUCUAGUCAUCCCUGUCUCAUUCAGAAUCACCCUUAAAAAUAUCUUCAGGUUUCUUUGGAGAAGGAUGGUAGAAAAUCAGGUCAUAAAUUCUCAGUGGCAUAGCUCUAUUCCUUCUUCAAGGGGAUCGGAACAUCUUCUUCAUCCAGAACUAUGAGUUCUUGGACCAGCUUGGAAGUUUGUUGGUAAGAUGUGACAUUUAUUAGGUGACUAAGUCUCUGUUCACUGUAUAGACCUUGUCUGCUUGUGUGGAUACAGGAAGUGUUGGUGCAGGGGCACCAUGAUGAAUUUGCCAGCACUACAGACCAACAUGUGAAGCACGUGACCCUCACCACUCAACCAGCACCAACACGGGAUGGGACACUGGGAGAUGUUAGAUAGUAGAGCUAAUCUGCCAUCCUUCUCCAAAGAAGUCUUAAGGGAGCCCAGGACUGACCAUCUUUUAAAAUUUUUUAACUUCAAUUUUUAUUAGUACACAUUUGCAGCACAUGAUUGCGUUCCCCAUGGGGAGUUGGUAUACACACAUCCCACAUUGUCAUGGUUUAUGUUUGUGUCCCCCAGGCCUCAUGAGUUUGCAUUGUUCAUAUGUGAUGGUUCAUCGCAUAGUGCUUGGAUUGAUGGUGUCAGUGCUCCACCCACGUAAGGGUGGAGCCAGGAUGUGAUGUAAUGGCAGGAAGAAGGUGUGUUUUUCUCUUUGCUGGUUCGAGUUUGCUGUUGCCGGCUGUCAUGAACUGCGUUCCAGCCAUGCCCGCCUGUCUUGGAGCCAACUGAGUGUGGACUGAAACCUCCAAAAACUGUAAGAAAUAAACCUUUCCUUUCCCAACUUUGGGCUUCAGGUAUUUUGUCUCAGCGACAAGCAUAAAGUAACUAAGACACACAUCUUAAUAUUUUUACCCUCUCUGCUUUUCCCUCCGCACUUCCUCAGUCUCUUGCAAAAAAUCUAGCACUUUCCUUUAGGAAAAGAUAUAUUUCUCUUUAAGCUAUUGUUUUAUUUUGCUCUUUAUUUAUAUUUUGAGUUUUCCAUAGAAGAGAAACCAUGCAAUAUUUCAGCUGUGUGUCUGAACUAUACAAUACUUUCCUGGUGUCUGAUUUAUUUCACUAAACAUUGUGGUCUCGAGGUGUAUUCUUUUUCCUACAAAUGACUGAAGCUUAUCCUUCUUUAUGACGGAGUCGAACUCCAUUGCGCAUAAAUACCACAUUUUCUCUAUCCGUUCAUCUGUUGAUGGACAGAUAGGCUGCCUCCAAGAUUUAGCUAUUACAAUUGUGCUGCUACACACACAAAACUGAGGAUCUUUACCCAGCAUUCCCAUUCAGCAAAUAUUUGCUGAGUGUGUACCUUGCUCUGGACCCUGAUCAAAUGAUGAAGCUCUGCAGUAGAUAAAUAGGAAAGCACUCUGUUUUCAUGGAGUUCACAGCCAGAAACAGUUACCAAAGACAAAAAUACAUGCACAGAUAGGAAGAAACAUAGAAGAGAGGAAGAGUGCAUAGGAUAAAACAGAACCAGGAAGUGGUGAUCGGUGCAGGGCUGGCAGGGACUAAAUCAGUGUGGUUUAUAAGCAGGUAAGCUUGACCAGCCAUGGUUAAUUCUGCAGAGAGUGAGUGGCUUCUGAACCUUGACCUGCCCUGUCAACCUUCUAGGAACUAUGGCAAAGGACAAUGGUGUCAUGUCCCCAUCUUCCUGUUUCAGCUUUCACACCUCUGAACUCUGCCCGAACUCUCACUGGGAAGUAGAAUUUAACAAGAGGGCAAGACAGGACUGUGAGUUCUCCAGGAGCUGUGAUCGCUCCUCCAAUGUGACAGCACACAUGUGUUAUAUGUGACUCUGUGCGAGGGGUGCAAUCUUCCCUGAGACCUGGGCUGCCCACAUGAAGGCCGAGUUGUCUCUGGAAAGAACCCCAUGUUUCCCCUGGACAUGUCUUCACCCUCUCAGUGGGAACAGGAGCCCUAGGGAAUUUCACUCUCUCUGUCAGACUGCCCUGACCCUGGGCCCAAGUGCACAUCUCCUUGCUGUGAAUGGUUGUGAGACACCAGCUCACUGCAGUGGUCCUCAGAGCUUCUCAGCGGUCAUCAGAGGAGUAUGAGAAGCCCAGACCUCUGUGGAGCUUCUUCAGGAGACUCCACCCAGCCCCUCCAAGCUGACCUGCCUUCCCCUCUUUCUGCCACCUUCUACCACAGGAGGAAGCUCGGAAAAUCCCCUAAGAGACUUCCUCUGGGCAGGGGGACCAUCGGGAUGGAAACAGGUGUUCACUGCUAUCAGCUGCAAUGACUGCAUUAACUUUUCUCUCCCGUGGAGUUCCCCCAGUUUCAGUUCCACCCUUUUCAAGGAGACAUAACAGCUGUCAGUCAAAGAGCCCCGCCUCCCAAUCUUCUACCAGACUGUUCCAUGACAGCCGUAACUGCCCUGGACACCUGCCCUGAUCCAGAAGAUAUCUACCGGGACCACAGCAUCUUGAAAAUGAACUAAGUAGCAGAAAUAAAUUUGUACUAACUAGGAGGCUUGAA